CAAAGACAGAUUGUUGAACGAGGCGCCCUUUUCUUCCCCAUUCACCAUGACCCCUUCUAAUUAUCAGUACGAGAAUCUUAAAGUCGACAUUUCUCCCAAUGGCGUAGCUCACGUCCAACUUUAUCGUCCCAAGCGCCUUAAUGCCUUUAAUGACAAACUCUUUGCAGAUAUUCAUUCGGUAUUUGACACAUUGUCCGCGGAUCCCAAUGUAACAGCAGUCGUAGUAUCCGGAUCCGGACGCAUGUUCUCGGCUGGUCUUGAUCUCAAAGAAGGGGGUUUCAAAUUCGGCGAGGCUGUGGAUACUGCGCGACAAGUUUAUGCUACUCGCGCACACAUCAAGACUUAUCAAGAUGCUUUAACUGCCGUUGAAAAAUGUUCCCGGCCAGUCAUUGCAGCUAUUCAUAAUGGCUGUUUCGGUGCAGGCGUUGAUUUAAUUACUGCUUGCGAUAUUCGUUACGCCAGCAAGGACGCUUUCUUUUGCGUCAAGGAAGUCGACGUUGGCUUGGCGGCGGAUGUUGGCUCACUGCAACGGUUGCCCAAGAUCAUUGGCAACAACAGCUUGGUGCGUGAACUUUGCUUCACUGGUAGAAACAUCUAUGCCGACGAAGCCUUGCAGUGUGGUUUAGUGAAUCGUGUCCUGGAUAACUAUGAGAAAUUAAUCGAAAAAGCAUUGGAGACCGCCAAUAUCAUUGCUUCCAAAUCGCCGGUGGCUGUUGUAGGUACCAAACACUUGUUGAAUUAUUCUCGAGACCAUUCGGUGGCGGAAGGCUUGGAGUAUACCGUUGCUUGGAAUGCCGGCAUGUUGAUCACAGAGGAUAUUCCAAAAUCCGUGGAAGCCUUUGUGACCAAAAACCCUCCCAAAUACUCUAAGCUUUAAUGUUUCGCAGCAGGCGCGGCUUUUACAGAUAUUUAUACUUAUACCGUUUGAAUAAACCUGAAAUCAUAAAAAAAGAACAUAUUAUUGGUGGCGCUUCGUGCAAAAAAGUCUUUUUUGGAGUUUGACAUU